AUGAUCCUAAAGCUUACAGACGCUUUACCUGCAAGGCGAAGAACGAUUCGACUACGAUACGCAGCGGUAGCAGCAACAACAACGACCACGAACACAACAAGCCCCAAGAGUGUCCGUCAUCAUUGCGGGGCGAGACAACCCAAGUCUUGCCAGUUGUCAGCUUUACCAGCCACGCGUACAUCGCCUGGAGUUCAAGAACUCACAGAGCCUCCUACGUCUCUUUGUACAUUACGGAGUAAACAAUGUCGACUCCAUCCGAAGAAACUCCUGCAGCGUGGGCCACAUCUUUACUUCCGGAAACUAGCGGCGACCUCUUCGACUUCUAAACACAGGACAGGAAAGGCCGUCCUUGUCCUAAUACACAAACCUCAGGGCAUAAUAACACCUAAAUGCUACUCAUUCGCUUGA